CCUCCGUCGUAGUCGGAUUGUGUCGUUCUGCCGCGCUGUCUCUCUCUCUUUCUCUCUUUCUCCUUCUCUUUUUCUCUCAUUCCCUCCCGUGGGCACGCGCGCGCGCGCCACUGUGUGUAUGUGUGUCCCUCGUUCUCCCUCUGUGUCCCCCUUUUCCCCCGCAACGACGAGUUCCGCCCAGUGAAAAAGAGUCGAGCUUUCCUGCAAACAAGACGCGUCCUCGACGGCAGUUGUUUGUUUUCUGGUUUCGUGGUGUCGCGGUGACACAAACAGCGAAGUCGAAGAAGCGAGGGACCGCGCGUGCGGAGGAGAGGAGAGACAACGAGCCGCGUGUACCGUGCCACCCGUGUGGGUCUCGACGUUGUCGUGUCGUCGUCAUCGUUGUUGGUGCGAAGAGUUUCAGUCAACGGAAGGAGAAGUAGGUUAGCACACGGUGCCUUUCGCGUCCGCGGUAAAAUAUACCUGGUUCUCCGACUACUUCUCUCUAUACCUUUUACACGAAGCCGCGUAGUGUGUACCAUCCUGAUGUGGUGACGUUUAACCAACGCGCACUUCUUUUACGUAACGAAAGCGCGUUAGAACGUGCGCGUGCGCUCUAUACGUAAUCCGUCUUCGGUUUCUGUCCUUCUCGUUUGUCGGUUGCAAGCGAGAAUCUUCGAUCAUCGGUAGUCGCGUUCUCGUGUGUGCUCGUGUUCCAUCGGAUCGGCCGAUCGGUCAUUUUCGUCUCGUUAGCAGUGCCUCUGUGUGAAUUUCGUGCCGCAUUGCUUUCCCGUCUUUCAUGUGCGAUACACCGAUUUCGGAGUGUGGUUCGCGCGAUUUUCGCGCUUUCGACGCAAUUUGUUUCGAUAAUACCAAACGACUCGAUUCGAUACGAUUCGAUUCGUUACAAGAGUCGAUUUCUUUCGUCUUGACCAAGUUCACGGAGCAAAACGCGCGCCUGUUCCGCGAACACGUCAGUUCUCUUUCAACUAUCUUAGCAGUGUGAUCGAAAAUAACGUUCGUGCUUUUACAGUAAGGAGUUUUCUUCGUUUGGAUACAUAACCAGGCGAUUAUAUACGUACGCACAAACAUUGGAAACCGGUGCUAUUCAACCAGCAAUUUCUGCAUCGAGUACUCUUCAUUGAUUCAAUUUCGUAUUGUUUUGUGGUGUUUCGUGAGGUGUGUGUUCAAACCUACAAGUGGUGCGACUGUUUUAAGUGUGAUUUAAAUCAGUGAUUUGAAAGAAAAGCCGAUUAUUUGGCAAAUAAAAGAAAAAGAAAAGCAUAAAGUGAAAGUUUUAUCAGUGCAGUAUUACGCUAUUCUUUGUGGAUUAUUGGAUAUACUAUACACUACUCUGCGACUUGCCGACGGAGCGCAACAUUGCGGCUCACAAUUUAUAUACCCUACUUAGCGAGUCAGCAGAUGAAAGGAUGCAGAGACAAAGCCGGAGUAGCUCGGAGGUGGAGGUUGCGCUUAUGCGCCCCGUAAGCACGGCUGGCUAAUAGCACCACGGCCCAUCCCUGACACCCUACAGCCACACCAGAUCAGCAGUCGGCGUGACAUGGAUGUGAGCUUCACGAACGUAUUAGAGGGGGCUCGCCAGUACUUCCAGGGACUGCCGGUACCGAGUACAGGUAGUGCGACCGCGUCAGCGGAUCACGGUCUCGCGACAUCAACGAGUUCCGCCUCGUCCGUAUCGUCGUCGCACGACCAUGGCACCUCCUCGUCCGUGGCUCCUCCGUCACCGGCACCACCCGCACCGCCACCACCACCACCACCGCCACUAUCGUUACCGUCGCAAUCGGCUUCGAGCGGCAACACCAACGAUCAAGAAACGAACCGAUAUCUCAGCGAUGUCAGGCCGUCGUCCGUGGACAACGCGGCGACGAGCAGCACCUUCUGGAGCCCAUCCGUCGAACCUUAUCCACCCCAGCCGACCAGGGUCGAAGUUCCGGACACGAGGCCAGGCGACGAGGGAUCCCCCAUGGAGGCGAGCUCGUCGUCCUCGAGCAUCAUCACCCUGACGGAGAUGCAACCGGUGUCGGCCUCCAGCCGUUCCUCCUCCGCGUCAAACUUCUCUCAGAAACAGCCAACAACCUCCUCGUCGUCCAACAACGAUCCUCUUCAACAACAUCAUCAUCAUCAUCAGCAUCAUCAUCAUCAUCAUCAUCAGCAACAACCAACGACCGCGACCGCGCCGACGUCGCCCCAUCUGCAUCAAAUGCAACCACCGCAACAGCCCAGUUCUCCGGGCCCCGUUUACCAACAAUUGAACCCCGUCUCCAGAACCUCGUACUCGACCGCGGAGAUAUUCGCCUCGACGCACCAACCGACUUAUCAAACUGCCAACGAUCGACAAUCGCAGCCGAGCGCGCCGGUCGUAGCACAGAGAACCCAAUAUUACCCCCGCUACCAUCAUCCGGACAUAACGAAGAGCGCCCCGGUUCCGUUCACCCAGAACUCCAUCUAUCAAUCGUCCACGGUCGCAGCGGCGUCCACGUCGACGGGGAACGUGCAACCGGCCACGAGGCCGACGCCUGUCGAGCAGAGCAACGCGAGCAACCUCGCUCCCACGCAAGGCCAAGGGCAGGAGCAAAGGGUGCCGCCUAGUUCGUACGCCGCCAACAACAACGGUGUCCCGGCAUCGAGUAGCUCGAUUUACGGCUCGUCCUCGGGGACGCACAACUAUCGCGCGACGCAGCAUCAGCAGAAUCGAUUGAAUCCAUCGUCGUCAUCGUCUUCUACGUCGUCGUCGUCGUCGAGCAACCAAGCGAUGGACAACAACAGGCCCUCGCAUCAGGAAAGAUCGCAUAACUCGCGCGUCUCCUCGUCUCCGUCCUGCUCGUCGGUGAACCCGUGCAGUCCCCGCCACACGGCCAAUCCUUCGAGUCACAUUCCUUCGUCUUCGUCGUCGUCGUCGUCCACGCCGUCGCUCUCUUCGUCCACGUCGUCGUCGUCGCCCUACCAGAACCUUCCGGCGCACAUUCCUUCGUCUCACUUGCCAUCCGCCGGGAGCAUGAUACCUCCUCCUCACCAUCAACACGCUCAACAGCAACAACAGUCGCAGCAACAAAUGCAACAGCACCAGCAACAGCUUUCUAGUCGAAUAAACGCGUCUCCCCAUUCGAUGGCGUCCAACUCGUACGCGGGCCGAAUGAUCGUACACGGGACGUCCGCCCCCUCCUCCUCCUCCUCGUCCUCCUCCUCCUCCUCCUCCUCCACGAGUUCGAAUCAAAUGCCACCACCGGCGGCACUAGGCGGCUAUCACCCUGUCGCCUCGCCCCACGACGUUCCGCAUCACGCCACCCCCUCGCCCCACAGACAAUCGCCCCACGUGUCCACCCUGCACAAUCCUCACGCCUCUCCUCAUCACACGCCAUCCCCGCACAGCGGCUUCCAGCCGCACUCGCCGACUUAUCCCCCCCCUCCGCCCCCGGCCACCUCUCACUCCACCCCUCACUCCUACCCCACCCUACCCCCCAUCACCUCGCAGCACUAUCAGCAGCCGAACGCGGCCGGCUACGCCGCGAAUCCGUACGGAUUGCCGCCACAAUCUUCGUAUCAUUCCUACCAAAAGAGCCCUCAACCGGCGCAACACACGCAGCCCAACUAUUACUCGCAAUCGAGCCGAUCCCAACAGAGCCAGCCGUACGUCCAGCAGAUGUCGAUACAGCCCCCCCAGUCGAUCUGCUCUGGAAACGGAAACGCGAACGGCGCCGCCUCUUAUCAGCCGAGCAAACCGGUCACGUACAACGGGGCCGACGGGGCGAAGAGGAACUCGAUGGAGGUGCCCUACGCCUCGCCCUACCGCGGCCCCCAGACGUCGAUCGCCGCGCAGAGGAGCGGCAACACGCACAAUCUUCCACCCAUCGCCGCUCUGUCGUCCUAUCAUUCCAACAGGCGGGAAUCCGCGAGCAAAGGGCAGUCGGUGGUGCAAAGGCAACGCGGCUACGGAACGGGCGCGGCAACGAACAAAGUCUCGGUCGUGACGCCGCCCGCGUCCUCGAUGGCAGCGCCUCAAAGGUUGGCCGAAUAUCCGGCCACUCUGUCGGCCAUGAAUCACGCGAUGCCCGUGAACGGAAGGACGAACACGGUCACCAAUUCCUCGUACAGCAGAUACACCGCCCAACACGGUUACCCGAGUUACGCCACGACGAUGGCGCCCAGCCACCAAGGCAGCAACUCCUCCAGCACCACCGUCACUUCCAUAGGCCACUCGGCAUCGAGAUCUUCCGUUCCAUCGGCCGCAACGAUACACGGUUACCAGACGACGGAUCGCGGGGGGUCGGGUUAUCACCAUCAACCUGUAAGAGGCAGCGAGGAUUACGGGUACAAAGAGUACUCCUCGUAUCAGAAUUCAACCGCGCCCACGAUCCAAUCCACGGUCGCCCCUUCCAUGGCAACCUCGUCGCCCCAGACGAACGGGGUUAGGAAAAGGGAAUCCCCUUUGGACCUGUCCGUGAAAACGGUGAAAACGUCCGCUGACUCGACCGCCCAGGACGACAUCGAGACGAUACCGACGAUGGAGAAGCACGUGAGCAGCACAGGCACGGUGAUCUCGAGAAGCAACAGCUCCAGAACCAUGCUUCCGCCUCCCCCUCAACCUCCCCCGCAACCGGCCUCCUACCCUGCCUACGACAACAGAUUGCCGGCCGGUAACGCGAGAAAUUUGCCGCCGACGAGCAGUAUACGAACGUCCACGCCCGUUUGCGCGCCUAAGGUCGAUUUCUUGCCGGACUUCAACUCCGCGCCGCUGCGCCACCACCACGGCCAACAACCGCACGAGAAUACUCUUCAGCGGAGGAGCUCGACGCAGCAGCUCUACGCUCCGCCCCCGCAGCCUCUUCCCUCGCAGCAUCCUAAUAAUACCGCUCCACUGCCCCACAUGUCCACGUUCAAGAAGACUUCACUGCCCACCACGCAGGUUUACGAGCCGGCGCCGCCUCCGCCGCCGCCGUCGUCCUCCUCCUAUCCGACGACCAACGACUCCGCCAACGCCUCGAGAUCCUCCAGGUAUCCGUCUUCGGUGAUGGACCCGGCAAGGAUAGGCCCUGCUGCGCUUCCCAUUCAGGAUUACUCCCCGUCCGACUCCCCGUCGAAAUAUUAUUUGGACAGCAGAAGCAAGUACGGCCAACCGCCGCAGCAGCAGAGGGAGAGGACUGCCGCCACCCCCUCGAAGAGGCCCGGAGAGACGAUAUACGGCGCUGGGGGGCCGAACAAGCAGCCGAGGCUGGACACGUGGAUCCAGCAGAGAUUGUCGACCGCGAAGGCUCUCUACGAGCAACAGAAGAGGCAAGAGAUGAAUCUGCCUGUCCCGUUGCCAAAUGGGACCCUGGUCGCGCAGAAUAGUUACGAGCAGAGGUCGGAUAACGGGUACGCGUCGUCCGAGUCCAGGUAUCAGCAACCGUCGUACUGUGAUAAGAGGAAUUACGCGGAGCCUAAGGCCACUCACGCUUCACCGCCCUACGUUCAUCCGGUGAUCACGAAACCUGCCAACGUUCACUCUGUGCCGCAAGCCGGGCAAACGUCCGUGUACCCGAAUUACAGGCAAGGGCAGAAAGGUAGCGGGCCGCCGACAACAGGUGGUGCCACUUCCGGGGGACAGGCCACGACCGAGCCGCCUAGCAACACCGGUGCCGAUAAAAGGGUGCUCAGCUUGUUGAGGAACAGCCUGGAGAACAAGCAGCAGAGGGAGGAGCAGAUGAACAGUCAGCAACCUAUCCUGGCUAAUCAUAGUCAACAAAGUUUUCAGAAUAAGGUUGUUGCACCGGUCGAGCCCAAAACGAACAUAGGAAGGCACAACCUGUCACCGUUCACGGCUGCGAGCUUACUGGAACGAAACAGCAACACGCCGCCCCAUUACAAGUUCCAUGUGCCGAGAGCGGUAGACUCGAUCACUCAGGAGGCCCCCCGUAGUUUGUACGGCUCGAGAGUAAAUUCAUCCGCCACGCUACCUGGCAAGGAGGCACUCCUGGGACCCCGAGGAGCCGAGAAUCAGAUUCACCGUGACAAAGACGACGGCCUCGCCGCCAUAUUGGCAGCGAAAAUCAGAACGAAGGCGGAACUGAAACAGGUGGGGACCGGCCAAUUUGCAACGAAACCGACCAAUGUACCCUCUCAGGAUGCAUCGUCCACUCCGAAAGAACAAGACAGCGCCGCAUCAACGUCGACACCUCAAUCAGGCUCGUCUGCAGGCAGUCCUCCAAAGUUGACACGCGAGAAGGUGGCCUGUUUACCGCCCCGAAGACGCCUGUUCUCCAGAACGGAAGAGGAGAACAUGCCGGUGGCCGCGACGGUUCCGGUUCCGGCGCCACAACCUGCGAUCGCUUCGAGCGUGCCUGCGCGCGCCAGCGGAUUCAGAAGUUCGUCCGAGACUUCGGUGUUCGAUUUCAGAGAGAGCGAUUCCGAAGGCGAGAUGCCUGUUCUCGAGCGGCAAACGCUCGAGGAGAUGAGGAGGGACAGAAAACAGCUGUCGAAGGUGCAGCCACCCGUUCCACUGAACGAUGCCAUGUGCAUUGGCAUGACCUCAUCGUCGGAUCUCGUGAAAAUAGAAUUGAAGGAGAACGACAAGAUUACCGAAGUAGACACGUUUUGGUCCAGCACGUGCGACAAGUUUAUGGAACAGCUACGAACCGGUGACGCGAUGAAGAAACGUGGUCGCAAGAAAAAGGUCAGUUGCACUAUAACCUCGAAGCUUGAUGACGCUGGAAACGAUAGCAGCAAAGAGUCGGACGCGAACACGUCUCAGAUCAAACCUGAGGACAUCAAAAAGGAGAUUCAGGAUGACGAUUCGCCCAUGGACAGCAAGGACGAGUCUCCAGAAGCGACGAAAGAUGAGGAAUCGUCGGAAAUGAAGGAUAUCAAGGUUGAGGUGAAGACGGAGCCAGAGAUGAGCAAGGACGACGAGGAGAAGAAUUCCAGCGACGAUUCGGACGAAGUACCAUUGAUUCGACGAACGAAGAAGAAGACGAAGAAGGACGAGAGUGAUUGCGAGGAGGAGAUAAUAUGCAGGAAGAGAAGGGUGCGCAGAGGAAGCAGAAUUAAAUUGCAAUCAUCCAGUGGUAGCGAAUCCUCGAGCGAGGAGAGCGAUGGCAGCACGGAGUUUGGUCACGGUUCUUCCGUGGCUGACAGGCUGAGGGCUAGGAAACGGUGCGCCAACAGCAGCGCAGAAUCCGAAGGGAUGAAGCUUAGAUCCAGAGACGCGACGCCGCAAAAAUCUAAAUCCGAGAAAGAAUCCAAAUCCUCCACUUCGAAGACUUCUUCCCAAAAAGGAAAACCGAAGCCCCUUUUCGGAGACGGCAGCGAUUUUAGGCCUGGUUGGGAGGAGGAAGUUUACGUGUACAAGAAAUCCUUGAGAAUGCCACCUAGAUUGAUUACAGUGUCGAAACCGUCUAGGUUUCACAGGUUGUCUACCUCGCUGCCUGAUUUGGAUCCCGGCUCUCCAGCCUUGUCUGUCUCCAUGGAUAGUUCUGAUGUGUAUCUGAACAGGAAGAAGUUGGUUGACAGUGAUGUGGAGUCCAAUUACAGUUUUAGUACAACUGGAAUUGGAAUAGGAAGUAAGAUCGAUGACGAGGAAGCUACGUCGUCCACGACCAUUUCGUGUCCGCCCAAGGGUAUGAAGCACUCGAAGUCGGAGAACAGUUCUAUCGUUGAUGUCUUGGCUCAGAAGGUUGGUACCAGUAAGAAGGAGCAGAAGAGGAAACAGAAGGAGAAGUUGGACAAAGGUGCAAAUAAAACGCCGCAGAAAGGCACAAACGAACCUGAAUUGCUCCCUACUCCGAGUCUGACACCUUUGGUGGAAUCGUCGAAAUCGCCGAAGGGUAAAUCACCAGUUAAAGAUAAGUCAUUAAAAACUAUCAAAAUGACAGAUUCGUUCCUGUUCGGUUUCCGCAAGGAAACUGUGAACAAUUUCCGUGAUACGUUUAAGAAUAACCACGCUUUACCGAACGAGUUCUCCACAUUGGUGCUUAAAAGUAGGACGAGAACAGAGACUAGGGUGUUGAAGAAACAGGCAACAAUUAGAGAAGUUUUCGGCGAGGACAGGCCAGCUUCGGCACCACCUAUGCAGAAUCAUGAUGAUACCUCUCAAGAUGACGAUUCUCAGAACGAAACACCAGAGAAUAGGUUGAGUAAAGAAAGAACCUUGAAGCAGAAAGUGGUUUCGAGGCUGAAGAACGCUGGUAUUUUGAGGAGUCACAAGGCGAUCAUGAACUCGAAGCAUCAUCUGUUGAUGAAGAGGCGGAAGGAUCUGUUGAAAUCAUUGGCUGAGAAGAAGCUGCGACAUUUAAAGACUGAGACGGAAGAGGAACCGGCACAGGAGGAAACAAAUGAUGCGCAGGAGACGGAGAACAAUGAGCUCGAUGACGAGACCAAUGAAUCAGAAGUUCCUAAUAAGAAGAAGCUUAAACUGCGGACAAGCAGGCGGAAAUUCCGCUCCGGAUUCGAUUACAUUCGCAAGAAGAAAAAACCUUUGAAGAAGGAUGAGACAUUACCCAAGGAAAGAAAGAGGCAAGUGUUAACGAGACCCAGUCCAGAGUGCGUAGCAGAUAUUCAGUCGGAAAUUAGAACCUGGGUGAUCAAAAAAGGUGUAGGUGAAACGAUGCUGCACCGUGCCGCCAGACUCGGUUAUACGGAUGUCACCGCGUAUUGCUUGGAAAAGCUAAAUAACGCGCCGAGUCCAAAGGACAACGCGGGUUAUACGCCUCUUCACGAGGCGUGUUCCAAAGGCCAUCUCGAAAUCGCGAAAUUGUUGCUCGCAUACGGUGCGAAUGCGAGUGAAAGUGCCAAUGGUGGAAUAAGACCACUUCACGAGGCAGCUGAAAAUGGUGCUACCGAACUCGUACGCCUGCUACUUUCCUAUGGCGCUGAUCCCUUAUUAGCCACUUAUUCCGGACAAACCCCGCUAAUGCUAGCAGCAGAUACCGAUGCCUAUUCGAUCUUAGAACAACAUUUAGACGAUAUCCAGGGUCGUGCGAGUACACCAUGGUCUUUUGGCGGCCCGUCGUCUAUUUUUGACCUCGAAGAAACUGGUUACAAUCCCCUCGACGAUCCUCCUAUGGACAGUCCAGAACCCGAACUAGAUGAAAUCGAGGUAGAGAUGGGUGAUGUGAAUCUGCCAGUUCUCUUUACUCUCACCAACGAUCCGGAUAAAUGGAUGCUUCUCCAAGACUUGAUGGCCGCUCUUCGAAUAAAGAGUAGAGACGCGUUACUCCGUCAAAUAAAUCCGAAAGCUCACUCCGGUCCACCAGCCAUUGCCCAUCGUGACGUGAUGAAAGAAUUAAAACUUCAAGAUUUUCUGGAACAAUCUCGUUGCUGCCAUUUGCUCAGUGGUGGCGAACGAAUCAACGUGAGGGGGUCUAAGGUGACUCUGAUCAAGUACAACGACAAAGUAAGAUCUCUGUUGAACGUGGAGAAGGUGGUGAUCAGCCUGAGGUGACAGGAGGCACCUCUGGGGCAGUCAUCACCCCAGGCUAAACCGUCGACUUCCGCCUCGAGGGAACUUCCGAAAAAGAGCUCGAGCGUGUCGCCCAAGAGACAAGCCAGAACGCGACAGAGUAACAAGACAGCUGCCACGGAUUGAACGUGAACCUGAAAAUCUUGUUCGCUGUGAAAAGUCGCUCGUUUGAGCUGUUUUGAGUCUCUCGUUCGAUAGAGGCCAGCUUUUUCCUCUCCGAUUCCGCUCGACGAGGCAACCGGGGUCGAAUAUAAGGUGCGAAAACUAAUUUAAGCUUACGAUAGAGGAAGAUCGUUCAAUAACAGUGCUUUCUGACACUAUUUAGCAGUAUUUAUUGACAAAUGUUCUCUACACGGUGAUAUUUUUAUGGAUGAUCGAGUCCUGAAUAAUGGUUUUUCAAUAUGAAGAUUGUUAUCUUGUUCAAUGAUAUCAUACUGUCCUGAUCUUGUAUAAUAAUUCGUUCAAACAUUCAAUUCGAAAGCGAAAUAAUAUUUGAACGAUCCUUGCGAAUAUUUUGGAAUCUGAUAGGCGUCCAUACGCUUAUUUUCAUUCAUUCGAUUAUUCGUAUUGAAAGAAUCGAUACUCAUUGUCGAAGAGAAUUUGAAACUGUGAAUGGUAACUGCGUGCGUUCUCGAUUGAAUCGAUUAUGAUUGUUUCGUUAAGUUAACAGAGAACAAACGUUGAAAAAUAUAGUUAUCGAAUUAUUAGUACGUUGUUAAUUUCGUUUUUUCUCUGUCUUUCUUUCUUUCUCUCUCUCUUUUUUUUUUUUUUUAUUAGUAAUAAUAAGUCGAUUAAAGUAUAAUUCGGUUACGCGUUUACAAAGAUUUAGAUUUAAGCAAGCGUUUAUUAAUCGUCGAAAUAUGGAGCAUUUACGUUUUUUUUUUCUUUUCUUGUUUUCUUGGGAUGUGCAAUUUCGCGAGUCCACUUCUUGUUAAAUGAUUACCGAUUAAACGCGAUCGAUCAGCGCCCCUUAGGUCUGAGAAACGUAAGAAAAUGGAUCGACCGUGUAAUAGACACAGUGUGCAAUAAUUUUCAUCGAAUUCGCGAUGAUUGAUCCUCGAAUUAGCGAUUUAUUUUGCAAAUAAUAUUCAAUUGUUAGCUCGUUGGAACCGAGAAAGUAAUCGACGCGUUCACUGUUUAGUUCUACUCUAUUUCUAUUUUUUUUUUAUCAUGUUCAUCGUUAUCACGUAUCGUUACGUUGAAAAUUUCUUUUUUUUGUUUGAAGUUUCAUCUAUCGGAUUGGUGCAAUCCAAUUGAUUAAUUUUUGUUAUCGAUUUAAUAUAAGUGUUUCAUUUUUAUGUUUACUAUAUAUGUAUAUAUAUAUAGAAGAAAGAAGAUAGAAUGAAUAUGUUGAAGAUUAUCAUGUUCAGCAGUGAACGUGUUCAAAGGAUCAUUGAUGCAUUUAAACUAGACUUUUUUCAUUUACAUGCGUCGAUGGAACCGAUCUCUACGUACUUAUAUCUUCGGAAGCGUGUCGAAGCAUGUGUCGAAAUAGAAUGAAAAAUAAAAAAAAUUUCUACUUGUAUCAUAGACACAAGCUUAAGUUGUUUAGCAAAAGCAUGCUUACGCGCUUUCAUUUUGACUCCGUGUACAGAGGAUUAGUCGUUCUGAUCAGUCUCAGGGAAAUAUCCGUACGCGUAUUCUCGAUAAUCCUAUGCGUUGCAUCGAUUCAAACAGGGAUACGACCAGGCAUCGUAAAAAUAUUCGAUUGAUCUGUAAAACGAUCGUCAAGAUGUUGUUAUUUCCUCAUGAUGUACAGUAGACAGAGAGAAAGAGAGACACCGUUUCGUCUUCGUACGUUGAACGAUCGUUCCAGAUCGAGAUCGAUCGAUGACUGGUCGCUCGCUCGCUUCUUGUUUUUUUUUUAAUUUUAUUUAGCUGACGAUUUCUAAACGAAUAUUACCGAUUAAUGUCGUGGACGAGAUGGUGUUUACACGUGUACAUACAUAUUUUCGAAUAAAAAUCUAACGUCAUCUGCCGUAUGUGUGCGUCGAAGAGUCCCUUGCAGAUGGCGAUUUCUGUGCAUCAUCCAUCGUGGCUGUUUAAGGAAAAGAAUGUUUGAAAUGAGAUUUAAAAAAAAAGAACAUAUGUAGAGGAGAGGGGAAAUGAUAUAAAAGUUGAUAUAAAAGUAGAUCGAAGGCAGUGAAUCGAGUGAAUCGAGGCAGAAAAGAAAUAAUUGUACGUGUAAUGUACCUUUAAAAUGUAAAGUAGAUAUUGAAUAAUAGUGUAAGUAGCCAGGAAAAACACGACACUUGUUCAUAAUUACUAUAGUCGCGUAUAAUACACAUUUGCGCACGUGUAAUUGUAUAAGGAAGGGAAAAAGAGAAAAAAACCAGCGUUUUAGAAUUAACUUGAGAAAGAAUAUUGUAAUUUCAGCGAAGAAAUAAUCGAAUAAUAUGCUGUUUAAAAGCGUAUGUAUAUAUUAUACACAACACGACAGACACAAAAGAUAAAAACACUUUCUCGCAAUAUAAUAGGGGCUAUCGCAGUUACUACCGCUACUAAUUAUUAAUUACUAUUACUAUUAUUACUACCGGUCACCGAUUACUAUUACGAAUACUACGAUUACCGCUAUUACUAUUACUAUUUGCCACUACCAAUACUAUUAACUAUUACUACUACUGUCACGACUAUCCGCUUUUUUUAUUGUACGAUAUAUACAUAAUACCGAACUAUGAAUGUACAUUUUCUUAGCUGUAACGUUUCCUCCUCCUCCAUUGUAAUUUAUACUAUAUUAUAUUCGAGGAUACUUCUAAAUGUGUUAAAAGAAAAAAAAAAAAAAAAAAACAAACCGCUGCUGCUUUACGAGAAGAAGGAAUUUUAUGUGAGAAAGAACAAAAUAUAUUAUAUAUAUAUAAAUAUAUAAAUAUAUAUGUAUAUAUAUACGUACAUAUAUAUAUAUUUUAUUUCAGAAGUUUAGUUUAAUGGAUAUAUAAUGUUAAAGA